CCUGCAGAGGGAGAGCAGACAUUUCUUGUGGCUUUUCUCUGAGGCCACAAUUCUCAAGAGAAUCCACACUCUCUAUGGCACCUGCUGCAGGCCCAUAAGGUCAUUUCCUAGCCAGGCAUGAUAGCUGAAGCUCCAAUCCUAGCAGUUGGGAGACUGAGAUAGGAUGAUCAGCCUGGGCUACAAGCAGGGUGAAUUUCAGGUCAAUCUAAGCUACAGUGAGAUCUAGAGAAUUCCUCAGUAGGGGACUGAAACAUGGCUCCUCAGUGGAGUGUUUAUCUAACAUGAGUGAGGUCUUCAUUUGAAAACAAAGGGCAAUCACUUUGUGUGAACCACAAAGAAAGAGUCCCUAGCUCAGUGGACUUAGUCUCAAGAUAGAAAUAGGGGAAGAGCUUCAGAAAUCCACAAUGAAAGAGAACUGAGCAGGAAAAAAAAUCACCUUGCAACCCAGAGAGGCAGCAAACACCUUGAAGAUCAGGGAAAGAGAAGCCACUUCCAACAGGUGAGCAGACAAACUCUGGCAAGUCCUGCCUUCAGAACAAGCCCACAGCCCUCACAAGGGCGACAGGGAUUCCUCAGGACAAGUCAGUGGCAGAGGAAAAUCCCACCCUCUACAGCAGUUAGACUUCUCUGUCUCAGAGGGCAGCCCCUUAAGACCUGGAGUGUUUACAGAGGGGUGAAGAGGCAGACGAGCUAAGAGGGUGAAAUACUCUAUCCUUCAGAGAAGCUCCUUAGGCUCAGAAAGGAAACAACAUAACACAGCUUCAGGAAGUCCCUGAAACUGAACAGAUUCACUAGGCCCUUCUCUAACCAAGAGAUAUAAGUGGUAAACAGUGCUAAGAGUAACUGUGAGGAGCCCAGCUGCCUGGAAAAGGCACCUAUCAACUGAGGCACCAGGAAAGGACACUCUUCAACCUGUGACUGCCUGCAGGCUGUGCAGAGUGCUUGAGGUUCCUAGUUUUCAUAAGCUGUUGCCCAUGCUGGCUGGGCUUUAGUGAUGUAGCCGUCUUUGAGUUAUUUCUGCUCCUGUUAGAACCCCACCCUGCUAGGAGAUAUCAAGGAGAAGCUAAAAACUAGCUAAAAACAUCUAAGAUGGUUCCGCCUGCCAUGUAUUAAAAUCUACGAUGGAUCUGCUCCUGUAGGCAAGGUCCAUGAGAUUUCAUUUUAGGAAAGACUCCUGCUAUUAAUAUGCUUUUCCUAUUGUCAUUAUUAAAUAUAUAUUACGGUCACUAGGCAUUAGACCACUCUUUUAAGCAGAUCUCUGCAGAACAACAAAGAUGUUCUGUCUUGUAGUGAUGCACAGUAACCAGCUGGUUUCACUAUCCCAUUAACCACACUAUUUGAUGGUGCAGUGGAGCGCUGGGCAUGGGGCUAUGUGCUGGGGAUGUGCCGUGGAUCUUUCUUUGACCUGGCAUUACUAUGGUUCAGCCUGCCUGGUUCAAGGGAGAAAGGUGAACUGCUUCUUAUUAUUCCUCGACUAUGCAGGGCCUAUCCCAGAAGCCUCCUCCUCAGACACCUCUCCCUGCUUCCUGCUGCUCCCAUGGGUCUCCUGGCCAGGAAGCAUUGAAACCUCCUGUGCCACAAGCAAGUUGGGGGUGGGGUGGGGAGUGGGGGUUCCUCAACUGUUCUUCAGAACAUGGAGAGCCAACCAGUGCAGUGGCCAUGCUUGGGGGGAGGGGUCCUCUGCUCUGCACAGCUGCUGUUUGUGGAAGGUUUUCCUCCAUGUCUUUUCCUAGGUCAGUCGCUCCACACUCGGGGCCUUCUCAACACUGUAACUGGGGUCCAGAGGUGGUUGUGUGGGAUACAAUUUUGAGGCGGCUCUCCCUUCCUGGGAAACUAAGGUAGCUGGCUAUAUAAGCCCUACCCUUCCCAUCAGGAGGACGCUCAUGCCACAGGGAACCCAGACUGUGCCCAAACUCCACACUGCAAAGCUAAGUCAAAAUCCUGGAGCCUCCAGGUCUUCGGCACUUUCCCUCCCUUCUUCCCUCCCAGCCUGCACAGUAUAGCUCAUGGGUGCAAAGGGUCCUCUGGACAGGGCUGAGAAAACCCCGAUGCUGUCUGCCACAGGCUCCAAGCCUCUGAAGCUUUUCUCCCAUGCUAGCCUAUAGUGCUAAGCCCAGGGUUUAUCCAGGCCCCGCCCCCUUGACACAAGCCCCGCCCCUCGCCAGCCCCGCCCACCAGAGUUAGUGACUAGGCUAACAGUCCACAUUCUGCUCUGCCUGGGCCAAAGAGGCCUGUAUUUCUAACACUGGAAAGACGUGGGGGAGGUGGUUGCCUGUGACUAUAGACCUGAGGAUAAACAGAAGGGGCUACUGUAGCCAGGAGAAAGUGCUGAGCUUCUGAGUUUCUGGUAGCAGGAUCUGGGAGGGGCAAAGCCCUGCACCCAGAAGGGGAGGAACUAUGGAGUCCCAAGGCCAUGAUUCUACCACCUGGGCAGCCAGAGGCAGACCAGGUACCCUUUACCCUCAAACUGGAGCUGCCAGCUUGCCCCAUAGACAGGAAGGCAGGGCUGCUGGACCACAAUUACUUCCUGCAAGGGAUGAGACAGUUAGGAUAAAUGAAGACUUCUCUGUUGGGGCUUUCCUGUCCAGGAAAAAGGCCAUACAAGACUUCCGGGUGAGGUGGCCAGAACUAAUUCUCCUGGAUGAAAAGAAAAAGGAGGAAUUUCCCCUAAUUGGCAAAAGUUCCUCUGAGUUUUUCCAUACUCCCAGCACCUGCUCCUCAGCGGUCAGCAUCACCAACACAGACCUGGAAAGCAGCCCCAGUGAGCUCCUGGACUCCAAAGGACGGUUUGCUGUUGACUCCCAAACCUCUCUUUUAGAGUCUCCACAAAUGAUCAUUCUCAACAGGUAUCUGAAGCCAGCGUCAAUGACAAGGCUGGAGAGGAGAGUGAGGAAGAGGACCCUGGCGGCCAUGAGAGAGCUGGAGCAAGAGAUGGACGCGGUUAAGGGACGACGGUCGGUACUCAUAAAGGAUAUCAAGGAUAUGAAGAAGGAACUAUUAUAUGAGAAAAUGGACAGCAAGCCAUUCCUCGAGUACCUGCAGCAGAAGAAGGAGGAGAAAGAGAGGAAGUAUGACUCUCUGUGGAAAGACUACAUCCAGCAGUGUGAGGAGAUCGAGGACAGGAGGCGAGAGCUGGUCUCCACUUUUACCUCACGCACGGCAAACCUCCAGAAGCAGCUGAUGCGGAACAGGAAGAUUGAGGCCAGCUUGAAGAAGAAGCUGAAGGCCCUGGAGCCCAUCGCACACAUAAAGGAGAGCCAGGAUCAAAAGAUCCAGACCUUAGAGCUGGAGUACGCCAGCAUAGACCCUGAUGUCUCCUUAAUGGACCGAGAGGCACACCGUCUGUUCCUGAAGGAAAGGGCCGCCUUGGACAAGCAAAUGGAGGAUCUGAACCUGCUGGAGUCUGGAGAGGGCAUCACCAGGGCGCUGAAGAAGAAGGCCAAGGCCUUGGACACUGCAGCCAAACAGGCUCACGAGGACUUCUGGCAGGGUAUGAGAGCUGAGAACAGGCAGCUGCAGACACAGCUCCAGCAGCUGGAUCAGGAAUUCUGCAAACUGGAGGCUGGAAAGGAGAAGCUGGAGCGGCGGAAGCAGCAGUGGAAAGAGCAACAGUGGUACCUGGAGGCUCUGGCCCGGGGGAGGGAGCGCCUGCAGCAGCGGGAGCACCACUACCAGCAGCAGCGGGAGCACCACCCCAAACCACAAACAGCUCCACAACCAGCACUGGGCCGUCUAUUAAGUGCCAGGCCGAAAGCCAAUCCUAAGUAAUGGCUGCCAUGCCCCAGGAAGCUGACUGGAGCUGAAGCUGGGGCCACCACACAAAGAAUGACAAUGGUGUCUGAUGAUGCAGAGGACAAAAGCUUCUCAGAGGGGCCGAGGGGACCUGGCCUGGCCUCUCUCAGGCUUGGCUCCCACAUAGCAGCCCAAAGGGCCACCCUAACCAAAAGCUUCCCAGCACUGGGAGGCUUUGUUCUUCAGAAGCCAUACCUUCCGUGUUCCCUGUUGCAAUGCAAACUUCGGUGAUCAAUUCCUGCUCUAGUGUGGCCUUCAGGACAACAGGGUGCAUUUUGUAAUGGACACUUUGCACACUGUCAGCCCAUCUCACAGUAGGAGCAUGGUGUCUUAGGUGGGUGCAGGGUGGCAUUUGGGGAACUGGGUUCUUUGCAUUUGUGUCUGGCUGAGGCUAGACUGUUUACAGAGCUGCACGUUGUGAUGGCCCCGUGUUUGGGCCGUGUGCUCCCAUGCGACAAAAUACAGGCAGCUCUCUGAGUCCUGGGCCUUGCUCCAGGCAAAAAGCCUCAGCCUUACAUUGUAGAAUUUUAACUUUUACUUAGCUAUAAUAGCAUGAACUCAUUUAUAACUGCGCUAAAAAUGAAUUGCUGAAUGUACCUUUGGCUCACCGAGCCCACUUGCACAUGAAAUGCUAUUGAAAAACAAAAGCCUACCUGUGAUUAUUCAAAAUAAAAGUCUGUUUAUCGUUACACAGAACAAAAGCCUAUUUGUGAUUUUUCAAAAUAAAAUAUGAAGGGUCUGAGAGCACAGACAAGGGUCAGAGGGCACAGAUAAGGGUCAGGGGCAGAGACAACGGUCAGAGGGCACGGACAAGGGUCAGAGGGCACACAAGGUGGAAGGUAGAGGUGUGACAGGGAAAGACUUAAGAUCAGAGUCUCAGUGUUGGCUGUCCUUCUCAUUGGGAACAGGACACCUGGAGGGUUUAAGAGGGAGUGGCACAUUGACUCCCCCAGCCAGAGGCCAUGAGGUCCAGCAGGUGACCAAGUCCUUGUGUUUGAAGCUGAUGGACAAUUGUCCCCCUGCCAUCUCCAUCCAAUUCCCUAUGUAGUGUUUAUGGCUGUGUGUGCUGUGUCCAGUGGUCAGAGCUGAGCAGGGAAGAACCAAAGGUUGCUGGCAGGAUACUGAGCGGUACCUCACCCUGCACUUGUCUCAGCACCUCAUGAAGACUUAGCCAGUGUGGAAGCUUUGGGGAGAUUCCAGUCAGUCCUCAUGUCCACCAAUCUCCUGCACACCACCCCAAGGCAGCCUCUCCCAACAGCAGCUGUCUGUCUGUCUUGCAUAUGAGGCAAUGUGUGCUGCUCAACAGUUUCGCAAGGUAGAAAGAGGAGGAUACAACUCUUUACUACAUGAAGCUGGUAUUUCCCUGAGCCAAAGCAAACAAGGAAAUACCAAAGAAAGAACACACAGUGCAAUGUCUCUCAUCAACACAGAUGCAAACAUUUCCAAGUCUGGUAAACUGUAAUCAAGGUCACAGUGAAAGCUGGGCACAGUCAUGCAGGCCUUUAGUUCCAGCACUCGGGAGGCAGAGGCGGGCGGAUCUCUGUGAGGCUGAGGCCAGCCUGGUCUACAUAGGGUCUUCCAGGACAACCAGGGAUGUUACUCAGAGAAAUUUCAUCUUGAGAAACAAACAAGAACACAGUGAGAAGAUCAUAUGCCAGGACCAAGUGGGCUUCAUUCCCAGGGUAUAGGCUUGGUUUGCCAGGCAGAAAGAAAUCCCCUUGUAAGUGUAGGUGUAACUCAGCCCUCGAAAAGACCCAAGACAGGAACUGCACUAGCCUCUCACUUGACAUGAAGAAGGCCGGCAACAAAGUCCCGCAUCUCUUUGUGACACACAGGCUGAAAAGUUCUGCUCAAACCUGCUAUGACCACCAGAGUGGUCAGCAUCCCUGCCAGAUGCAGGAGACAGAGGGCAAACUCCUCCACAUUCCCUCAGUCUGGUGUCGAGUCUUAGCUGGAGCAGUAAGAGAAAGAAAGACAGGGACGGCAACAGACGAUGAAGAUGCCGAGCCACCCAAGCACACAGACGGCACGUUCUUCAUCCCAGCCUCGUGGCGGACUCAGCGGACCCCGCUAGAGUGGGUAAACACCCCCACCGAGGGAGCACGGCACAAAACCAGACUCCGAACGAAUCACUUUUCUGUGUAGCAAAACAAACAAACAAAACACCGAACAGCACAAAACAAAAAUCCAGAGUGGAGGAGGCUAAACGAGGAGGAGAAAGACUGGCACUCUGAAAACUCGGAAGCACUGAGGAACUGACGGCCAGGAGCACAGGGAGACAGGACGGUCCUCGAGCUGGCCGUGGCUACCUCACUGGCAGUGCGAAAGUAGUAAACAGCAUGAGGCAGUCCAAAGCCAACAUAACCCCCAUCGAAAUUCACACAGCGCUCCUCGUCGAACUCAGAAAAAUAAUCUUGUCACAGGGAGACUUGACGUCAAAUCACACUGCAGAGCCACGGCCAGGAAAACAGGAUGCCAGGGCCACAAAAGCAAACCUGGAGAUCUGUCAGAGAGCAGGGGACCAGCAACCCAUCACAUCUAUGCCCACCUAAGUCUUCAUGAAGCUCCCAAAGAAAGCAGCUUCCUUAACAGAAGAGCACAUUGGGGCUGGCAAGAUGGCUCAGUGGGUAAAGACUCUAGCUGCCAAGCCUGAGGAUAAGAGUUCAAUCCUAGAGAUCUACAUGGUGGACAGAGAGAACCAAUGCCAGCAAACUGUUCUCUUACCUACACAUACCCAUCAUAGCAGGCGUACAGACAGACAGACACACGUGCGCACACACACACAGAGUGAAUGAACAGCAACAGGAAUUGACAGAGCGUGAGGUGUGGUGGUACAAGCCUAUCAUCCUAGCACUUGGAAGGCAGAAAGGCAGAAGCAGAAGGUCAGGAGUGAUACACAAUACACAAUGUACCCAUGAAUCGUAAGGAAGCCAUGGCAUCUCAGCAGAUGGAUGGAAACCAGUACAGUAAGCAAAAUAAGAUCCAAAAAGAUAAACACCACAUGUUUUCUAUAGAGAACUUAGAUUUGUUUCUUUACAUUUUGGGGAGGUGGUGGUCAGCACACGUGUGUAGGUCAGAGGACAGUUCCCAAGAGUAGGUUCUCCACUGUAUGGAUCUUAGGGGUCAAACUUGGGUCAUGAGGCUUGGUGGCAAGCCUUCUUCCCACUUAGUCAUUGCCAGCCAAGGAUCUUAGAUUUAAAUUUACACUGUGUGCAU